GUUCUCAUCCAUGACAUAACACAUGUUGUUGUGUUUUCUGUGCCGAAAAGGUGUUUCGCAAAGCAAAGCAGACGGGCUACGUUUUGUAGAAGAGUUUCUUCAAAAUAUCUAUUGUUUAGUGACUGAAAAAAUGAAUAAUUUAUGGAAAUCGAUGUACCGGUUACGCGUGCACUCGCGCAACCACGCACUAGCGUACGGCAAAGUGUUAUGCGCAUCGCAAAGCACCACGACUCACCAACCGGCAUCAUCCGCCUCGACAGAAACCGGUGUACCGAUGGAAAAAAUAGUUAUACCAACCAGAAUCGAGCGUGGUCCAACCGAUAUACUGAUGGCACUUUCGGCCACGGUAGGAUUUGAUCCAACUGCUCCGCACUACAAAUAUCAUGACGAUCCGUACCUAAUACCGACUUCGAACUCGAACAAGAAAACGUACGCCCUGGCACAGGAAGCCGGCCGGAAAGCAGCACACUGGAUACGGCAGGAAAACGCACACCUUUUCCAGCAUAAAGAGGCCGAUCCUCCGGUACAAGCGUACGUACCGACGAUGGUGUACAACGAGGAAAGCAAGGUGGAAACGACCGAUCUGCAAAAGCUAAUAGAAAACGUCGAAGUAAAGGAUGCGAUACUGGUGUACAAUUUGCUGAAGAAGAACGGCAUAGAGGUUGGGGAGGAACUGAAGCAGCAACUGCUCGAGCUGGUCUGCUUUUACAACCAUGAAGAUACGCUGCCGGAACAGUUCAUUGAGGAGCGCUGGUUCCGCCAAGGUACGGUUGGUCGCGAAAGGCAGCGCAAAACGUGGAAAGAUUUUGAGCUGGCGGAGGAACUGUUUCAUGGGCUGGAAACGAAGCGUUCCGAGCAUUACUGUGCCAUGAUUCGUGGCAUGUCCCGAUUCUUUCAGGUGGAAAAAGCAUGGGCGUUGUACCAGGAAACGAUCGAGAAGGGAAUCGAGCUGGAUACGAACACAUUUAACUGUCUGCUGCACAUAGCAUCGUUCCUGAAGGAAAGCUACGACAAGCGGUGGGAUCUGGUGUGCGAAGUUAUGACCACCAUGAAGCAGCAACGAUUGCGUCCGAAUCUUGGUACGCUGAACGGUAUUCUGCAGACGGUGACAACCAUUGGCGGAUACAAUCAUCCCCGUACGUAUGCCCUGAAAACGUUGGCCGAGUUCAAAAAGCUUGGUAUCGAACCCUCGCUUGCUAGCUGGUACUAUAUGCUGGUGAUCUUCUGCCGCGAACGAGGCCCAGUGAGUCACGUGCUGCACGACAUAAUGAACGAAAUCGAGGGCAAAGAGUUUACCAUUCAGGAUCCGAAGGAUACGUUCUUCUUCGUGACGGCGAUGGACGUGUGUCGGAAUCAUCUGCACGACAAGGAGCUUGCAAAGCGGGUGAAUCAGUUGCUACAUCAUGGAGAAAACUACAACUUGAUUGGAGAUUCGUACAAGGAAUCGAUCUACUAUCGGCACUAUUUUACACUGCUCGCCACAACGGAACCAUUGGAAAGCUUCCUGGAGACGUACCAUCUGCUCGUGCCGAACGUUUACACUCCGGAACCUUCAGUUAUGGAGGAUAUAUUGCGAUCGGUUGAGAUGAACACAGCCAUCGAACACAUACCGGUGCUGUGGUCACACAUGGUACAGUUCGAUCAUACGAACCGGGAAAAUCUAGUCAAUCUGUUGCUACACAUUAUGGUCACGAACGAACCGUCAGCAAACGAACCGAAGCAUGCAGAUUUGGUGCAACGGUUUGCUAACAUCGGUUGGGACAUGUGGAACCGUAUGGAAGAACGUGCCGCUGCACCACGAGCCACUUCGUCGACCGGUAUGCCAGGACCGAUGUUGGGUGAUGUACUGCUGCUGUGUGCCCGUGCCGGUGAUUACGAAAAAGCAACGGCUGUGUUCGCGAAGCUUAGCAAGGAACAGAACUCGAUCGUUGGUGACCCGAAGGUUGAUGGAUUGCGCGAAUUCGUUAACCUUUGCAUCACCAACCGAACGCCGUCGGUUGCGAUACAGUGUCUGCAGUACUGCAGCGAGAACGGCUAUCCGGAGAGUGUCGAUAUCGGACGACAUAUUUUCAACUCGUUUGCACUGGAUCAGACACAGGUGUCCAAGAUACGCAGUCUUGCCGGAGCGGAAGCAGUGAAACCGAUCAGUCCAAAGCAGGAUGCUGCUGGUAGCGAGUGAAUUGAACCCUAGAUAUAGCAAGUAAGAAAAUCCAGUACCCCAUUUAGCUGUGGUGAAUAAAGUAAAACACCGAAUUCUGUAACGAAUUUACUUUCUUUUUCAAUCUUUUUUACUGGUUUGAGAAAGCAAAUGAUCUAAAUCAGGGAUGAGCAACCUUUUAGAGCUUCGGGCCACAUUCAAAAUCAAAAACUGGUUGGCGGGCCAC